CCGUUCCUCUGGUCCCGCCCACUCCGCCUCCGGGUUGUCAGGGCAACCGUACGACGCCGGCCCUGGAAGAGAGGAAUUGGGAGCUCGGGGGCUCACCCGCGGGGGUCCGAGAGCAGCUGACCAUGGAGCCCCAGAAAAUCAUGCCAUCCUCAAGGCCUCAUCCACCUGUCUUGUGUAAAGUAACUCAUCACAGCAUUGAAUUAUACUGGGAUCUGGAAAAGAAAGCCAAACGCCGAGGACCCCAGGAGCAGUGGUGUAGGUUCUCGAUUGAAGAAGAAGACCCCAAAAUGCACACUUAUGGUAUCAUUUAUACGGGAUAUGCAACGAAGCAUGUUGUUGAAGGUCUGGAACCAAGGACACUAUAUAGAUUUCGCCUGAAGGUCACCAGCCCCUCUGGGGAGUGUGAGUACAGCCCACUCGUCUCAGUGUCUACAACCAGAGAGCCCAUAAGUAGUGAGCACUUUCAUCGGGCUGUCAGUGUGAAUGAUGAAGAUUUGCUUGUCCGAAUACUUCAAGGAGGCCAUGUUAAGGUUGAUGUUCCCAAUAAGUUUGGCUUUACCGCUCUCAUGGUUGCUGCCCAGAAAGGAUACAUCAGGCUUGUGAAAAUCCUAGUUUCUAAUGGCACAGACGUGAAUCUGAAGAAUGGAAGUGGCAAGGACAGAAGCAGAGAGAAAUCGCCACCAGAGAGACAGCCAGAGCACUUUCCUGAGGUAUUUAUAAAUCUCUUCCAUCCCACCUAUGAGGGCCAUACCAGAGGUCUAAUGCUGGCGUGCUACGCGGGACACCUAGAUGUUGUGAAAUAUCUCCGGAGACACGGUGCUUCUUGGCAGGCGAGAGACCUGGGAGGCUGUACAGCUAUGCACUGGGCUGCAGACGGAGGCCACUGCAGUGUGAUUGAGUGGAUGAUCGAGGAUGGCUGUGAGGUAGACGUAGUGGACACUGGUUCUGGAUGGACCCCACUCAUGAGAGUCUCUGCAGUGUCGGGAAAUCAGAGGGUGGCCUCUCUUCUAAUUGAGGCUGGGGCCAAUGUGAAUGUGAAGGACAGAAAUGGAAAGACGCCUCUUAUGGUGGCUGUGUUAAAUAAUCAUGAAGAGUUAGUUCAGUUACUUCUUGACAAAGGGGCAGAUGCAAGUAUAAAAAAUGAGUUCGGCAAAGGUGUCCUAGAAAUGGCCAGAGUUUUUGACAGACAGAGUGUAGUCUCCUUAUUGGAAGAAAGGAAAAAAAAACAGAGGCCGGAGAAGUCUUCUGUCUGCUGAUCAGAGCACCACUCAUCUGCGAAAUCCACAUAAAACAGUGAAACGUGACUGUUAAUCUAGGGAUGGGAAAUUCUGCAUCUUGGAGGGCUGUACAUUUAUUUAUUUAGUUGAAGAUUCAGUGUUCCCACUUUGAAAUACAUCUUUUUACCUAA